AUGCCACCGAAGGAAGAGCAAUCAAAGAGAAAACAAUCUGCCGCAACUCGCGAGCCAGCUAAACUAGCUAAGAAUCGUCGAACUAUUAAGCCACAAGAAGAUAGACAGGCACUGCAGCAAGAUGUCGAAGAGCCAGAGGUCAAGGCAGAACCAAUGUCAGAAGAUGAGGCACCACUUGCUGUUACACCCAGAAUUAAGGUCGAACAAGGACAUGAUGAUGACGCCGAGGCAGAUGACGAAGCUUCAGACCUCCAGGAAGGAGACGACGUGGAUGAACGGCUGGAAUCUUCUGAGAGCGGGCCGGAGGAAUUUGACGAUCCUGAGUAUCACGAAAUACGACGCAAACGUAUUGAGGUAUCGCCGUUGCUCAACUUACCGCAAAUUCCUCGUUUGAUCGAAACUCUUCGUGGUGAUGGCAGUAAUACUUCGGAUCAACGCCUCACAGCUAGUUUCGGAACGAACAGGCUCCCGAAUUUCUUUGAUGAAUACGGAACCCGCCAUCACAUGCCCGUCGAGAUCUUCAAGCAAAUAUUAGACUGCCUGUAUCAACAGAAAGAUGACAUUACCGCUACUUCGGUAUCUCUUACCAAUGUUUUUAAUUACGGACUUGUAUUCGAUAUCUUUGGACUCAGUAUGUGUGAAAGAAUCAAUGAUUUACUACAGCUUCGACCAGUGGAACUAUGGGAGACGAGUUUUUUCGAACUCCCAUUUCUUUCCGCGCUAUCCUCGAGGCCUAAAGUUUGCCUUCGACGUGUUCUUCAUUCGUGGUUUCCAGAACGUCUCACGUGGAUCUAG